AUGUGUAGCAUAGUGAAGAAGGAAGUGGCAAAGGCGAAAGAAAAGGCAUAUGAAGAGUUAUAUGAGAAGUUAGAUACUAAGGAAGGGGAGAAAGACCUCUACCGACUGGCCAGAUGGAGAGACAAAUAUGGGAGGGAUGUGCAGCAUGUUAAAAUGAUAAAGGAUGCAGACGGAAAUAUACUGACAAGGGAAGAUAAUAUAUUAGAAAGAUGGAAGGAGUAUUUUGAGGAUCUGAUGAACAUCGAAAAUGAAAGGGAGAGAAGAACGGAAGACUUAAAUCAGGAAGUGCCAAGGAUCAGUAGAGAAGAGAUGAGGAAGGCUUUGAGGAGGAUGAAGGGAGGUCUAGAAGAGGCUUACGAUCGGGUGCCGAGAGAAGAGCUGUGGUAUUGCAUGAAGUGCUCGGGAGUGGCAGAGAAGUAUGCGAAGGUGGUGAAGGACAUGUACGAAAACAACGUAACAGCAGUAAGGUGUGCUGCAGGAAUGACAGAGGGUUUCGAAGUGGAGAGUACUGGAGACUGUGGUGGAAGCGGGACGGAAUGGGUGGAGGAAGACGGCAGCAGUGACAUGUGA